AUGGAGAAUUUAACAAGUCAAGCAGGUGUAAAGACAAACAAGAGAAACAACCAUCAGUGGACUCCAGGGAAGGACAAAAUUUUAAUUGAAUGUUGCUUGGAGCUUGUGAACCAAGGUUGGAGAGCAGAUAAUGGCUUCAAGACAGGAUAUUUGAGUCAACUACAAAAAUGGAUGGCUGAAAAGAUCCCCAACUGCAAAAUCAUGGGUGAUCCUCAUAUUAAAUCUAGGAUGAGGAUACUUAAAUCACAAUUUAGAGAACUAAAGGAGAUGAGGAGCCAAUCUGGGUUUGGAUGGGAUGAUGCAAACAAAUGUGUAACCUGUGAGGAUGAUGUAUGGUAUUCUUGGUUGAAGAGUCACAAAGAGGCCGCUGGACUUAGAAACAAGCACUUCCCUUACUUUGAUGAGCUAGCAAUCAUUUUUGGGAAGGAUCAAGCAACUGGAGAUGGAGCAGAAUUCGCAAGUGAAUCUGUGGAAGCUUUAGAAAGGGAGAACUCAACACUCGCAGCAGCCAAAGCAGCUUCUGAAGCUCAUGAAGCAAUGAAAAACAUGGUUGAAGAUGACUACUUUGGUGUGGAUAUUGAGUUAGAAAAUGAGUGUGUCUUCAUCUCUGAAAAUGCUUGCGAUGACUCCUCAAAUGCUUCAUGCAAAAAAGUAAGGCACAAGAGAAAAUGCAAGGUGAAUCAAGUGUUCCUCCAAAAAAACAGAAGAAACAGAGAUCAACUAAGGAUCCAAUUGAUGAUUCCUUCUCCAAGCACAUGGAAAGAUUUUACGAUAUUUGUGGAGCAAAGCAAGAGAUAG